UUCUAAACGCUUCCCGCCACUGGGGGCGCUCUAAAGCUUUUUUUCUUUCCGGAAGCUGCUUUUUGUGAGCACGCGGUGCGUCCGGCCUUUCCAGCAGGGCAGCGACGAGGAACAUGGCUAAAAUCAAGGCUAGAGACCUGCGGGGUAAGAAGAAGGAGGAGCUGCUGAAGCAGCUGGACGACCUGAAGAACGAGCUGUCUCAGCUCCGGGUGGCCAAAGUUACCGGAGGAGCCGCAUCCAAGCUGUCCAAGAUCCGCGUCGUUCGCAAGUCCAUCGCCAGAGUCCUGACCGUCAUCAACCAAACACAGAAGGAGAACCUGAGGAAGUUCUACAAGGGUAAGAAGUACAAGCCCUUGGAUCUGAGACCCAAGAAGACCCGAGCGAUGCGCCGUCGGCUCAACAAGCACGAGGAGAGUCUGCGCACCAAGAAGCAGCAGAGAAAAGACCUCCUCUACUCUGUUCGCAAAUUUGCUGUAAAAGCCUGAAUACUUUUUCUGUUGGCUUAAUAAAAUGUAAAACCCG